AUGGUGGAGUCGUACAAGCCAUGGAUCAAGGAGGCCACGCAGUCUUGUCAGCCUGCCGACUUGGAGUGCUUCCGAGCUAUCGAUCGACUUUGGAGGCUCGUAGUUGGGAUCGGCAUUGUGCCGGCUCUCAUCGCUCUGCUGUUUCGAUUCACGAUACCAGAGAGUCCGAGGUAUACGCUGGACAUCUUGCAAAACACAAAAAGCACCCUCGAAGAUACGGCGAACUACUUUGGUGCGCCCGGAACAGACCCCGAACAUGGCGAGAGGGAACUGCUAGAUCUGGCUGCAACACAGGAAGUUUCGAGGCCUGUAUCGAGGCAAUCGACCAACGCUUCGGUGAUUGCACCCGACGAGGAGAUUGAGAGCGACAGUGACUCCGGACACCGACUCAGUGACGUACAUCUUCGUCCCGCCGCAGCGCCUCGCGGCCGGCUUCCUCCAGGCGACCCGGAUUUUGUUCCUCCACUUGCCUCGUGGGCCGACGCAAAACAAUUCUUUAUAGCGGAGAAAAACUGGCAGUACCUUCUAGGAACGUCGUUGGCCUGGCUGUUUCUCGAUUUCGCGUGUAGGUACACUGCCAGACCACUGCGGUAA